AUACAAUACAUAUGUACAUACCAAUCAAUGUAUGCAAUUUAAAAUAUAAACGAUAUUCGAUUGAAACCGUCCCUUUUUACACCCUGCAUCUUUGUAAAGGAUAUUAACUUUAGUACGGAGUUUGUAACUACUUGUAAGAGCCGCCUGACGGACACUUUUGCAGCAAUUGGAACAAUUGGAGCCUACUGUAAUUUGAAAAAUUCGAACAACAGGUUAUGCUAGCUGCCAUACAAUAAAUACUUGGUAGAGAAAAAAUCAUAUAUGUACGUACUUCAUUUGUACUGCUCCUACAUAAUGUAUUUCAUACAGGGUAGGAGCAGUAGCUGAGGCACGAUUUUAUUGUUCUAAUAUUUUUAAAAAUCAAGAAUACAAUUGAUUACAGACAGACCAUACAUGCAGUUACAGACGAUUAACAAACUACAUAUUUAUGUACAGUAAAAUUUUUGUAAUUUUUUCUCAGCGUUUUUGAAUUUGAACAUGGUUAGAUUCAUAAUAAACUUCUUCCUAAAAUUUCUUGAAUUUAUACUGCGAAGGUUUAGUUUUUUAUUUAUAUUAUAUCUUCUAAAACUAUCACUGACUUCAAAAUUGCAGUAAUAUUGUAUUACCACAAAAUUCAGAAAUAAAAUCUUGUCAAAAAUAAGAAAUAAAUCUGAAUUGUGUUUAAUAUCGCAUUGCUACAAUUAUGAAGUUGGGGUAUGCAUAAUAUUUGUAUGUAUGUACUCGUACUUAUCUCUCAAAACAGGUUGUAAACAUUAACGUGAGAUUUGAGUAUACUACUUACAUAAUAUUAUUAUGUAAAUAAUUUUUUACAAGUUAUAUUUUUAUGAGUAGUUAGUAUAUGAGGAUAUAAACAGACUAUGAUUCGGUCAAUAAAAAGUGCCGGUAUAUUAAAAAAUUUUUUUCCAAAUAAAUAUAAAAAUUUUAUAAGAUAUCAAUCGACAAAUGUGAAAAUAUGUAAAACAAAUGGAAUUAUUAGAACUUCACCUUAUGGGGAAAUCUCUAUACCGGAAAUCACAUUGGAUAAAUAUGUAUGGAAAAAUGUAAACCGUUGGUCAAAUAAAGUAGCAACGCUAUGUGUCGCUACUGGAAGGCAAUAUACAUUUGCUGAAUUACGUGAUGCUACAGCAGCUUUUGCAUCAUCUCUCCGACAUAAAUUCUAUCUUCAACCACAUGAUCUAAUGGCUAUAUGUCUCCCAAAUGUUCCUGAAUAUCCAAUAGCUGUAUUAGGUGCACAUGAAGCUGGUUUACUCACUUCUUUAAUGAAUCCAAUGUACAAUGCAGAUGAAAUUGCUCGUCAACUAAUUAUGUGCAACACAAAGUUAAUUAUAUGUACACCAUCAAAUUACCAAGAAAUUAAAAAGGCAUGUGAAAUUGGAAAGAAAAAUAUUCCUAUUGUUUGCAUACCAUUUUUAAAAGAACAAAACAACCCCGAAGGUGCUGUGAACUUUUUUGAAAUCAUAAAUUCAAAAAAUUUUGAAUAUAUUCAGUCAACGGUUUUAAAACCAGAAGACAUUGCUGUGAUACCAUUUUCGUCUGGCACAACAGGCUUAGCAAAAGGUGUAACUCUUACUCAUAAAAAUAUUGUAAGUAACUGUGAAAUGGUACAAACUAAAUUACCCACCGAACAAUACGUUAGAGAGACAACUGAUAAUUUUCAAGAUGUUAUUCCGUGUUUUUUACCGUUCUUUCAUAUAUACGGCUUGACGAUAUGUAUGAUGUCAAAACUGCAUUUAGGUUGUCAACUAGUGACUUUCCCAAAGUUUACACCACAAGAUUUGAUAACUUCUUUAACAAAACAUAAUGGCAGUUUAUUAAAUCUGGCGCCUCCUGUAUUGUUAAUGCUCACCAAUUCCCCCAAUAUUAAAUGUGACCAUUUUAAAUCUUUGAGAUUUGUUAUGACGGGAGCUGCACCCGUUGGAUUAACUGAUGCUGAAAGAUUUCUGUCUAAAUUUCCUAAUGUAAGUUUAUCGCAAGGAUAUGGUUUAACUGAAACUUCUCCAGCUGUUAUACUUACACCAAUAGGCAAUACAAAAUAUGACUCUGUGGGAUUUCCACUUCCUAAAACAGAAAUUAAAAUUAUUCCUUAUCAGGGUUCGGAUUUUAAGGGAUUAGAAAAACACAAAUCGGGUGAAAUAUGUAUACGUGGUCCACAAGUAAUGAAAGGCUAUUUAAAUAAUCCAGAAGCAGAUGCAGAUAUUUUUUUGCCUGAUAGUUGGCUAAGAACCGGUGACAUUGGACAUUAUGAUGACGAAGGUUUCUUUUUUAUAACUGAUCGUAUAAAAGAAUUAAUCAAAGUUAAAGGAUUUCAAGUGCCACCAGCCGAACUUGAGCAAUUAUUACGUGAUCAUCCUAAAAUUUUAGACGCUGCUGUUUUUGGAAUAACAGAUUCGAAAAGUGGUGAGGCUCCUCGUGCUCUUGUUGUUAUGAAACCCGGAGAAAAUUUAAAAGAAGAAGAGGUUAUAAGUUACGUAGCAAAAAAAGUUGCACCUUAUAAGCAAUUGACUGGAGGUGUGUUAUUUGUAAACGAAAUACCUAAAAAUGCGGGUGGAAAGAUAUUAAGAAGAGAGCUAAAAGAAAAAUAUGGACAUAAAAAAUGAAAAACUAUUAUACUAUUGAAUAUACAUGGAGAUUUUUUCCGUAUAUAAAAAUAAUCAUGUAAUUUUUUUAAAUAAAAUAAGCUAUUUACAUAAA